CUUCCACCGUCCACUAGCAGCACACGUCAAUCUAGGAUCCAUGGAGAAGGCGAAGUACACGAAUAACGGUUCGCUACAAUAUUUAUGUGGAGGAGAAAAGGUCCCCGUGCGGUAAACAACCCAAUAUGCGUUGUCGCGCGCCUCUAUAGACGCUCAUCUAAACAACAUCAAACGUCAGAACGGUGUUUUCGGUUCCUCGCCACGAAGCCCAACAAGCUCCACACGGCCAGAACCAUUGUCUGAAUAGACGUUUAGGAUGGCCUGGAUAGGAAAGAAGAAGUCGGUGAUAGCCACCAGUCUGAUCUUGGUGGUGUCUCUAUUCGUUGUGGUGUUCAACUACUCUGAGAAGCCAUACAUUCUCCUGGCACCUGUCUUCAACAGCCACUGGAUGUUCUCCAGGCAGCCGCACAAAGCCUUCAAACCUCACCUCGGCUACAUCAGCAUACCCAACCAGGAGCCCCUGAAGCUGAACUGUGAGGUGUGCAUUGUGGUGUCCAGCUCUGGCCAGAUGUUGGGCCAGGCAGCAGGGCCGGAGAUUGACCGCUCCUCCUGCAUCUGGCGAAUGAACAAUGCCCCGACGCGGGGGUUUGAGCACGACGUGGGACAUCGUACCACCCUACGCGUUGUCUCACACACAUCCGUUCCUCUGCUGCUACAGAGGCCGCAGUAUUUCUUUGGACAGGCCAACGACACGGUUUAUGUAGUGUGGGGGCCUCUGAGGAACAUGAGGAAGGACGGGAAGGGCAUGGUGUACAACAUGCUACGCCAGGCCACAAUCAACUUCCCUCACGCUCGCAUCUACCUGACCACAGAGGAACGCAUGAACUACUGUGACAUGGUGUUCAAGAAGGAGACAGGCAAGGACAGGAUUCAAUCAGGAUCGUACCUCAGCACUGGCUGGUUCACCCUGGUCCUGGCCAUGGACGUGUGUAAAGAAAUCCACAUCUAUGGCAUGAUUAACGACACAUACUGCAGGUCCGAGGGCUACCGGAAGGUUCCCUACCACUACUACGAGGCUGGCAGUCGUGAUGAGUGUGCCGAGUACCUUCUACAUGAGAGCGCUCCAUAUGGUGGUCACCGCUUCAUCACAGAGAAGGCAGUCUUCGCCAAGUGGGCCAAAACACACGCCAUCAAGUUCUUCAACCCACCCUGGCAACAGUCGUGACCAGGGAGGGCCCACUACCGAGGGGGGGGGCACUGUUGAUGACAUCACGGAGACACCGACAUCACCACUUCAUAACCCAGGUCUGGAAUAGGGCCACUGUUGACCUACAUAACCCAGGUCUGGAAUAGGGCCACUGUUGACCUUCAUUACCCAGGUCUGGAAUAGGGCCACUGUUGACCUUCAUAACCCAGGUCUGGAAUAGGGCCACUGUUGACCUUCAUAACCCAGGUCUGGAAUAGGGCCACUGUUGACCUUCAUAACCCAGGUCUGGAAUAGGGCCACUGUUGACCUUCAUAACCCAGGUCUGGAAUAGGGCCACUGUUGACCUUCAUAACCCAGGUCUGGAAUAGGGCCACUGUUGACUUUCAUAACCCAGGUCUGGAAUAGGGCCACUGUUGACCUUCAUAACCCAGGUCUGGAAUGCUGUCUAACACCACCCAGGCCAUGACAUCCUGAUCCUCUUUGAGAUCAGAUGUCAGAGGUAGUUCACUACAUAGGAGACAGUUUGCCAUUUAGGACGCACAGCAGACACAUCUACCCUUGAUAACAUCGGCCCCGAGGAUCCCAAAGUUGUCAUGGACAUCCUCUGUUUGGCAGGUGUGAAACCCUCCCUAAUCCCAGCCUAGUCCUGGUCAGUCUAGUCCCAGCCCUGACCGGUCUAAUCCCAGCCCAGUCCUGGUCGGUCCAGUCCCAACCAGUCCUGGUCAUCUAGUCCCAGCCUAGUCCUUGUCUGUCUUGUCCCUGCCCAGUUCAGGCCGGUCUAAUCCCAUUGAUGGGGAUGGAGGUUUGUCUGACUGUAGCCCAGACAUCAGACACCCAUCCUGAGCUGGUUAAAAUUCCCACUCUUCUGUAAGACAGCCCUGUGUGUAUUCUCUACCUGUUCACCAUGUGACAUGCAGUAAAUAGGGUGUGGUUGAGGACAUAAACACAUCCUUCCCUCCAGAGAGUGAACAUGAAGCAGAACUCUCCUGGGGUUAAGAACUACAACGAUGGAGGAGUCAAAUGAAGCCAACGACCAACCCUCAGCUCCCUCCCAAAUGGUACCCUAUUCCUUACAAGGUGUACUUAUUUUCACCCCAGCCAUAGUCUUAAGGAGUGCACUAUCUAGGGAAUAGGGCUCUGGUGGAAAGGAGUGCACUAUCUAGGGAAUAGGGCUCUGGUGGAAAGGAGUGCACUAU